CCAAUCAGGCAGCAGCUAAAGGUGAAACCAGAGAAGCAGCAAAACACAUCACGUCGGCUGAAACAGUGGAAGGUUUUCUGUAUGACAGGUUCUUGCUGGAGUCAGAUGGGUCCAUCAGAACCUGUUCAGUAACGUCAUGGCCCAGACAGAGGAGCAGUCUGAGAAACACUGCUGGGUGUGUUUCGCCACUGAGCGGGACGACCGCGGCGCAGAGUGGGUGAGCCCCUGCAGGUGUAAAGGCUGCACCAAAUGGAUCCACCAGUCGUGUCUGCAGCGCUGGCUGGACGAGAAGCAGAAAGGAAACGGCGGCGCCGCCGUUAACUGUCCGCAGUGUGGCACUGAGUACUGCAUCAUUUUCCCCAAGAUGGGCCCACUCGUGUACUUCCUGCAACAAGCAGACAGAGCCCUGUCCCGCGCCAGCCCCUUCGCUGCAGUCGGAGUGGUUGUUGGGACAGUGUACUGGUCAGCAGUCACCUACGGAGCCGUGACCGUCAUGCAGGUGGUGGGGCAUAAGAAGGGUCUGUUUGUGAUGGAACGGGCUGACCCUCUGUUCCUGCUCAUGGGCCUGCCAACCAUCCCGGUGCUGCUGGUCCUGGGGAAGAUGAUCCGCUGGGAGGAUUACUUAGUGAGGCUGUGGCAGAGAUACUCUUAUAAACACGGGCCUUCAUCAGGCGGUGGCAGUUAUCUGCCACGUCUGCGUGCCGAGGGACCCGGCGCUGGAGAUCACUUGUCUGUGUCCAGAACUCUGUGUGGGGCUCUCAUCUUUCCCUCCAUAGCCAGUCUGGUGGGAUGGCUGCUGUUCAGACGGGUUACUUCCAACCUGCAGCGCACCAUACUGGGGGGCAUUGCGUUCGUGCUGAUCAAAGGCAUACUGAAAGUGUAUUUCAAACAGCAGCAGUACAUCAUGCAGGCCAACAGACACAUCCUGAACUAUCCGGAGAGCCACAAGAACCGACUGGGGGGUGAGGGAGAGGACAACACAGAGGACGGCAGGAACGAGUGACCGCCUGUCCCCUAGAGGACAGCAGGAACGAGUGACCACCUGUCCCAAGAGGAUGAGGACUGAGAGACAGCUGGACGCAGGGUGUGGGUCCUGGACUGAAUGAUAAUCACAGGUGAUCCUUUGUUGCCUUAAAUUGUCCCCAAUGAACUGAAGCAGUGCCUGAACAGAUCAGCUCUGACCUGAUCUGUUGUCAUGACGAUGAAAAGCUGCAGAUGACCUUCUGUAGUAUUAUUUUCCCUUGUUUAGAACCAGCUGAAUGACUACAUGUUCUAUGCAAAAUGAACUAUUUUUGUUCCCCUGACCUUGAUUCCAUUGGUGCUUGUUGAACUUUGCCAAUAAAUGACAUUCUUCCCUUCUUCGUUCUGAUUGGUCUGUCUGCAGAUGAGGCUCACAUGCUGUUGCCACUCUGAAGAUGAUAAACUUUAAAACAGUUCUGCAUUCUUUUAUGUUGUUGCCCAUAAAUAAUUACUAUCAUCACAUUCUCAGGAAAACCUGUUUUUUUUCAGAUCUGGAUUAAGAAAUAAUUUUAAAAAGAGUUAAAACCUGUCUACAAUGGAAAUAUCUGCAAUAAAUUCAAAAUACCUUUAUUUCUGAUUAUAAAACCAAUGCCUACAUGGUCCUGAGACAACAAAGGGAAAAUCAUUAGUUUUUUCCUAAUUGAAUAUAAUAUACACAAUGUAAACAUGAUCAAUGGAUUUUAUGCGGACCUCUGUGCUCCUGGUUUUUAUCAUGCCUCCUCUUUUUGUGUCAUCCAGUUGUCUCAGUCUAAUGUACAGAUCACAGAGGCAGUCAUGUAUUUUCUUGAAUGAGUUUAUUGCUGGAUUUAAAUUGCUGUAAAUGAGGAAAACAAAAAGCACUGCCUGCUAUAUUCCCACCUCAUUGUUUCUAGCCCAGAUGCUUUAAAUACUAUUGAAAUUUUUGCCAAAUAAAGAUGAAGAGCUUCCCUGUA